UUUAAACUUUUAAUUUAAAAUAUAAGGUUUGAGAAAAAAACAAAAUUAGAAUUUCUUCUUCGAUUUAGUAACUUUUCUCGAAACUCACAAGGGAACAUUCAAGGUUGCAAAGGAUCAAUGGAAAAUCGCACGAGAAUAAGUGAAACUGAAGAAGAGAUAACCAUAUACUUGAAGGUCACUAAAACAGUCACUUUACAAGUUAAGGAAUCGGACAGUAUUGGCAAAGUCAAAUCUUUAUUACAUGAUAAGGAAGGCAUACCGGAAUGUCUGCAGCAGCUAUUUUUAAAAGGUAAUCAGCUAAUGGAUGAACAGAAGCUAGUCGAUUAUGGCAUUACCAAAAACUCCACCCUUAAUGCUUAUGUUGACGAUUCAGUCCCGAAGAUAUUUUUGGUCAAGCGACCCUAUACUAGAACUGCAAUCACGGUUUAUUCAAAGCUUUCCGAUACUAUCCAGGACGUCAAAUAUAGGGUUGGGGCCAAAGAAGGAAUAAAAUCCAAUGAAUUCUCUCUUAUUCAUGAUGGGAAGUUUCUUGAAGAAGACAAAGCCUUAGGUUUUUACAAAAUCGAUGGUGGAUCAACCCUUCAUAUGGUUUUCAAUCCUAGAUACAAAUUGCUUACUUCUGUGGUAAUGCCAAAACCUGAAAUCGUACAAAUAGAAGUCAACCUUGCCUUAAAUGUUCGUGAUGUUAAAACAAUUAUAGAGAGCAAAGUUGGCCACUCAAUAGAUGAUAUGGAUCUGUUUCUGGGAAAACAGAAACUGGAAGAUUCGAAGAAAUUAUAUCAGUAUGAUAUCGACGAAGACUCCUUGUUACAGGUGAAGCAUGCAACAAUACAGAUCUUUAUCAAGAAAUGGAGUGGUGGACUUAUAGCGCUAAAUAAUCUGCGGAGGGAUGACUUGGUCAAGAAUGUGAAGGGCAUGCUUGUAAAGAAGCUAGGAAUACCAGUUUAUAGGCUAAAGCUUGUGUAUCAGGGAAAAUAUUUAGAUGAUUCACGGGAUUUAGCUAGCUACGAUAUCGGAAAGGACUCAAUUUUGCAUUCUGUAUUUUCGUUUUAGAAAGGACUCACAUGUCUUUUGAUAUUUACGGAAUAUCUUUGUCUUGACGACUAUGGAAUUACAAAGGACACAGAGUUGGUAAUUGGAAGACGGUGAACUUUUUCUGUUUUAGAUUUUAGUAUACCUAGUCAGUUAAAUGAUUUGAAACUGAAAACCAAUGCACUGGUGUUCUUUUUUUCCUGUUAUCUGCUGUUUUUGCCUCUCUACAUAA